AUGAAAGCAUUAUCAGAAGGUGAUAAAAUGUCUAACUUGAAAAAACAACAAAAAAAAGUGAAUAGGAAAAAGAUAACAAAAUUUAACAUGUCCAAAAAGUUUGCACAAAAAAUGGGUGCACUUAAGGAAUCGUUCUACGAUGCAUUGGGAGAUGACGUGACAUGUGAUGAAGAGAAAGAGAACGCGAAUGACAAGAAAAAAGGGAAGGAGAAAAUUAGAAAGGAUGGAAACAUUUCCCCAGAGUGGCAUAACCUUAGUGAGGAUGCACAUUCAUCAGAAGCACAAGGAGUAACGAAAAUACGAGGGAGAGAAAAAAUAAAAAUGUAUAGUGGUAUGAAAAAAGAGAAAGAAGAAAGUUAUAGAAGUAAAAAGUACAACAUCCCAUCAUCACCGUCUCCAUCACCAUCAUCCUCCCAUGUAAGUACUAGAUAUGGCAAAAAUGGAAGGAUAAUAUCAAAAAGAUACAGUUGCAAAGACUGGAAGAAGAGGAAAGUGAAAAGAAUACAAGGAAAAGCAAUAAGAAAAGAAAGAAGGAUUUAUUAUAGGUAUAUUAAAUAUAUGUUCCUUAUCAGGGGAAAUCAUAUAAGUGAGUUUGUCCAAAAAAAUGGAAAAAAUCGUUUUUUCCAUUAUCUAAAUGAAUUGAAGAGAAUAUACUAUUGUAAGGAACAUGCUGUUGAUACUUACAAGAUGAUGAUGAAUGAUAUAGAUAAUAAUUUGAAUGAAUAUAUGGAGAUGACAAAGGUGGAGAAUAGCCAAACAAAGUGCGAAACAAAAAAGUGCCACACAUCAAAGGAUGAUGAUUUGGCGUACUUCAUACAAAAGCAAUAUUUAUGCAGUUCUAUUCUAGAACUUUUUCACAAUCUAGGGAGAGAAGUGAUUCUUUUAACCCACCUGAUGAAACCUAGACCUCACGAAAUAAUAAAGAGGAAAAAACUACUAAAUGAAGUGGAAAUAUUUUUGAAAGGUAUAUAUCCAGAAUUUUACCUUUUAAUAUUUGGCUCAUGUAAUACAGAUUUGGACAUGUACAACUCAGACAUGGAUAUUUGCAUCUACAACAGUAUCGAAAACAACAGAACAAAUGUCCAUAAAUUAUACAAUGAAAUGAAAAAUAAUAAAUUAUUUAAAAAAGCAAUUAUAAAAGAAAUAAUAAAUGCAAAAGUACCAAUAAUUAAAUGCUUCUUCACAGAAAUGCAGAUAUCUAUCGAUUUUUCAUUCAAUCAAGUGAGUGCAAUUGUGAGUACAAUAAAAACACAAAAUUAUAUAAAAGAAAAUGCCCUCAUCAAAUAUGUAAUUAUAUUUUUUAAAAUAUUAUUAACAGAAUAUAAUUUAAAUGAUGCAUCACAGGGGGGAAUUAGUUCUUUUAAAUUAUUCCUUAUUAUCAUUAAAUUUAUGGAAGAAAAUGAAUUUGUAUUUUUUAAAAAAAAUAUUUAUUUAUACAUAGGAGAAGUUAUUCACAAAUUUAUUUCUUAUUUUUCUUUAUUUAAAGAUAAAUCUGAAGAAAAGAUGUACUCAUUCUUAUCAAUUAUGUACUCUUAUGACACAUCCCUUGUUUAUGCACGAAGUAGUUCUGCUAUGAUGGAUGAUAUGUCCACUACUCUAUUACAAUCAAAACAAAAAUUGAGAAAAAAAAGAAACUUUCCAAAAUUAAAUAAACUUUUUAGUGAUAUAUUCUGCAAAUUAAACAUUAUAAAUCCAAAUAUAAACGAUAGAAAAGGUGCACUUGCAUUUGAAAAAAUUUUCCUAGUUCGUCAUUGCUUAAAAAAAGCACUUUAUGCUUUAUCAGAAUUUCUAAUAUCCCUUGUGAAGAAAAAUAACGUACACAUAUCUCCUCAAUAUAAUUCUCAUAUAUUUGAAGACACGCUUUCUAUUUCUGCAUUUUUUCACUUCAUGAGACAGGAGAAUUUUAACACCUUUUUGAACAAGUAUUAUUUUCUCUUUUAUAGAAACAUGAGUUCUCUGUGUUCGCCCAUUAUCUCCACAGAAGAAAAAUGCAUACGAAUACAAAGUGAAAUAACUCACUUAGAGAAGAAAAACCAUGAGAAUGACUCCAAGGUAUACUCUCCAUUUGGAAUAAACCAAAUGGAAACCACACCUGAGGGGUGUAGAGAUGAGUAUGGCUCGUGUACAAAUGGGUAUAACUCGAAUGGGUUGAGCGACUCGAAUGGCUUGAAUGAUUCGAAUGGCUUGAGCGACUCGAAUUGUGUGAAAAAAAUUGGGCAUGAUUCUCCUUCGAUGGGUGAAAAAGAAUCCUCCUUUAAAAAAACAGUUGAUAACAUUCGGACAGAUGUGUUUCAUCCAUCACUAAGAAACCACAAGUUAGAUACAAUAAAUGAACAGAAAGAAAUGAACACGAGUUAUGUUGUGAAUCCACGCGAGAAUACAUCCAUAGUGGAUUCUAAUGCUAAUGACAUAUUCAAGGAAUACCAUUAUGAUCAAUCCGAAAGCUCAAAAAUAAAGGAUCAGAAAAACCGUAACAAUAUUAAAAAAGAUGAUCCUCUGGAUGAAAUGAAAAAUUGUUUAAAAAUUGGAAAUUCAGAAUUUUGUGAUGAAUUAAUAAGUAAGGAGAAUAACACAUUAUCUCAUGAUCAAAUGAAAUGUGCAAAUGUUUUAAAAACAUUCAAAAAAUAUUUCCACAACUGUAUAUUUAAAGAUGUAGAAAAUGAAAUUAAUAAUAUUUAUAACUCUAUUGAGAAUAACACAAAUAAUCAAAACAAGAUAAUAUGGAACAUUCGAUCAAAAUUACCAAUUGUUAAUUGUAUUUUGGAUGUAAAUAAAUUGCUAUGCAACAGAUUUCAUUAUCACCAAAUAUUUUAUAUUCCUAUGGACGACAGAAGUAAUCAUCAACUUGUGAGUUCUGAUCCACAUCUGGAUAACCGCGCAUUGAAUGUGUUGAAAACAAAAAUGCUUUCUAAUUUAGUAAGGUUUAAAAAUUACCAUCCAAAUGAUGUCAUGUCCCUCGAAAUAAAGAAUGAAUUAUUUGUUCAUCACAGACGUUUUACCUAG